AUGUUCAGCUUGUUGAAGCAGGCGAUGCGGGCGCCGAGAGCGCUCGUGUCCACGGUGUCGCCCACUCUGUACAUGAUGUCGAUCAGCAACCACGUCCCGUUGGCGUCGCGGUUUGCUCCGGGGGCGCUGAAGAUGCAACAGCGCUUCGCUACCUUGAACCAGAUCAAGUACGGCAAGCAGGGUAUGCCUCCCAAAAAGAACCACACCCGUACCCCUGAUUUUGACGGCAACCCGUUCAAAAAGGGGGUGGUGUUGCGGGUGAUGAUCCUCAAGCCGAAGAAGCCCAACUCCGCUCAGCGUAAGUGUUGCAGAGUGCGGUUGACCAACGGCAACGUCAUCUCGGCGUUGAUCCCCGGGGAAGGCCACAACUUGCAGGAACACAACAUCGUCCUUGUCCGUGGUGGUAGAGUGCAAGAUAUUCCCGGUGUCAAGUACCACUUGGUGAGAGGCGCCUACGAUUUGGCCGGUGUCGCUAACCGCCAAACGCUGAGAUCAAAAUACGGGGCGAAGAAGCCCAAGGACUAA